GAUUGGUUCAGUCUCUGUCAUUCAUCGUGUUUCUCUGCAUCUGAAUAUCUCUCUGAUCGGUGCUCCUUCGUCGCCAUCUUCUCCUCCUUCUUUCUCUUGUGCACAAUUUCCACAAUAAUCUCUUUCCAACUCACCUUCCGGUUUUCUCUCUCUUCAUUCCGAUUUCUCAGAGCAUACCUAAACCCUAUUCAAGAUUUCACCUGUUUAUUUUCCUUAUUGUUUCGUGUUUUUCCCUCUUUGGCGGCAAUUACGAAGAAGAAAUUAGGAGAAAGGAACAAUGGCGCAAGCGGUUGAAGAAUGGUAUAAGCAGAUGCCAGUUAUCACGCGCUCUUACCUCACUGCUGCUGUCGUCACCACCAUCGGUUGUUCCCUCGAUAUAAUUUCACCUUAUCAUUUGUACUUAAACCCUAGAUUGGUGGUGAAGCAAUAUCAGUUCUGGCGUCUAAUUACUAAUUUCUUGUACUUCAGGAAAAUGGACUUGGAUUUCUUGUUUCACAUGUUUUUUCUUGCUCGGUACUGCAAGCUUCUGGAGGAGAACUCCUUUAGGGGAAGGACUGCUGAUUUCUUUUAUAUGCUCUUGUUCGGUGCCACGGUGUUGACUGGAAUCGUUCUUCUUGGAGGGAUGAUACCUUAUUUGUCGGAGUCAUUUGCGAAAAUUAUUUUUCUUAGCAACUCUCUGACAUUUAUGAUGGUUUAUGUAUGGAGCAAACAGAACCCCUUUAUUCACAUGAGUUUCCUAGGACUCUUUACCUUCACAGCUGCCUACCUGCCAUGGGUUCUCUUGGGAUUCUCGGUCCUUGUUGGUGCUAGUGCUUGGGUGGAUCUACUGGGGAUGAUUGCUGGCCAUGCAUACUAUUUUCUUGAAGAUGUGUAUCCUAGGAUGACUGGUCGUCGCCCGCUAAAAACGCCGGCAUUCAUCAAAGCUCUAUUUGCGGAUGAUACAGUAGUUGUGGCACGGCCUGCCAAUGUCAGAUUUGCUGCUCCACCAGUAGAUGAACGUCAUCAAGAUUGAAUAACCCCAGGGGAGUACAAUAGCCAGAGAACACUAAUGGUGGUUGAUCCUGUAAUAUAUAAUAGCGAGAGAGAACAUUUGGUGUUUGUAAAUUUUUUGAAGCGUGCAUUUGGUAAUUAUAAUUAUUAAUGUGCACUAUUUAGAAGA